AUGAGACUACAGAUGCCAAUGGUCGCUCGACCUUGGGUUAUCUCGCCACCAGCGAUGUCCGUUGCGCUGCUGCCAUUAUUGCUGCGAUCAGAACAGGCACUCGGAAACUCGGCCGAUGUCAACCAAGGGCUACUUGAUACAACUACAUGCAGGCAUCUAUUGUACGGCUCAGGAUAUGAGCAACAAGCCAGCGAGCUUUCAGGGCAGCUACCGGGGCUUCAAUGUCACAAAUUGAAAGACUACCAAGACUACUUUGAGACUGUUGGCCAUGAUAUGCAGGAUGAUUCGUCACAUGAGUUUGAGAGUGAUGAAACAGCCCUGAUUCUUCAUUCAAGUGGUACAACUGGUCGGCCCAAACCUAUUGAAAUCACAUACGGCGCACUGGCUCAGAUGGACGGGACUGAAGAAAUGCCUAGUCCGGAUGGUCGAGAGAACAAAUACAGCGACAUGUUCUCGAAUGACACAUUAGUCACGACUCUUCCCUUCUCCCAUGUGAUGGGGCUCACGACGCUUGCCCGUUCUAUCUACUCCCAAGGACCACUGGUCCUUUUACCACAAGGAAAGCCCCCUACAGCUCACGACAUGAUGACGGCAAUCCGCCAGUCCGGAGCAUUAUUAGCAAUCUUCGUACCAUCUAUGCUUCAGGAAGUCUGCGACAUGUCUGGGGGGCUGGAUACUCUCUCGUCCUUGAAAGGCGUUUGGUACGGUGGUGGACCACUCAAUCACGCCUGCGGAGACAAAGUCUCCCAAGUUACCAAGCUCCUCUGUGGCUACGGAUCUACCGAGAUGAUGACGGUGUUUACGCUCACUCCGCUUCAUGAUGAGGACUGGGAGUACCUUGAGUGGCACCCCGAGGCAGGAGUAGUCAUGGAAGAGGUGACAGAAACGGUCUUCGAAAUGGUCAUAGAAAGGAAAUCAGACUGGAGAUGGCAGCCUGUGUUCUACAAUUAUCCAAAUUUGUCCAACUGGCGAUCGAAGGACCUAUUCGAGAGGCAUCCAUCAAACGGGGAAUUAUGGCGCUAUGUUGGCAGAGCUGAUGACCUGAUUGUACUCAGCAACGGGGAAAAGAUAAAUCCAGAGAGGAUCGAAACAGGCAUCAAGCAGCAUUCCAUCGUCACAGACGCCUUCGUCUUCGGUUCUGGCAGGUUCAACCUGGGAAUCCUUCUCGAGCUCAGUGAAAGCCAGACUAAACCAGAGAGCAUCCAAGAACGCAUCGAUGAAGUUUGGCCGACUCUGAGCGAGGUCAACGACGGCAUGCCGGGUCAUGCCAAGGUCUUAAGAUCCAUGAUACUUCUUUCUCUCCCUGACAAACCGUUCGCACGAAGUCCGAAAGGCUCAGUCAAUCGCCAAGCCACCUUAGAGCUUUAUAAGAGCGAGAUUGAGGACUUAUACGAGGGCAAAGAAAACCUCCCUGAUCGCAAAAUCUCUCCACCAGAUACGAAGGUUUCAUCUCGACGCUUGACAAAUGAGAUCGUUCAAUCAGUUAAAACGGUUCUGAGCCACCAAGAAGACCCUUCUAUUGAUCAGGAUCUGUUCGAACUUGGCUUGGAUUCAUUAAUGGCCUUGGAGCUGGCCGACAAGAUUCAGGAAUCGUUUGCUAAGAUUGGCAGUACAUCUCACGAAUGUACUGCCGAAAGCCUUUACAGAUUCCCCACUAUCAGGAAACUUGUUGAUAACCUAUCACAACCCGCACCAUCCGAUGAUACCUCCUCUCAUCAGGAAAGUGGUAUGAAGGCUUCGAGGGAGGAGAAUAUGUCUCGCUUAAUACACAAGUACACAGCAGUGCUUGGACUAAGCCGUGCAGCACCUUCUGAAAACAAGUUGACAGUUGUCUUGACGGGUUCAACUGGACAUCUUGGGUCCUACAUUCUCUCCUCAUUGCUCGACAGAAAGGACAUUGGCACUAUUUACUGUCUUAACCGAUCAGCAGACGCCGAGACUAAACAGAAGAAACGCUUCCAGAGCAUGGGUGUCGAAUUUCAUGAUUCAUUCAAUGAUACCAUUGAAUUUAUUCACUGUGAUUUCAAUCAUAAUGAUCUUGGCAUCUCUGGCGACAAGUUUGACGAAAUUCGGACAAGCAUGACGCAAUUUAUUCAUUGUGCGUGGCCAGUCGAUUUCAACAAGUCACUCGAAACUUUUGAGAAAACUGCAAUCAAGGGAAUGGCAAAUUGCAUAUCAUUUGUUUCCGAGGCUGAGAAAAAGCCCGCAUUUAUAUUCAUCUCUUCGAUUGCUAGUGUUGGUAACUGGAGCGUGAUUCAUGCCGGCCAAAACCAAGAUCCAUGUGUUGUGCCCGAAUUGUGCAUCACAGACAAUAGCGCCCCCCUGCACCAAGGUUAUGGAGAGUCUAAGCACGUCGCAAGCUGUAUCUUGGCCAACGCUGUGGAGAAGCUAGGUAUACGAGCCGCCAUCGUACGUGUUGGUCAGCUCUGUGGGCCACGCAGCAUAGAAGGGAGGUGGAACGAUUCUGAAUGGGUUCCUGCCUUGAUAAAAUCUUCAAUUACGCUGGGAAAGCUUCCUCGUUCGUUGGGGAACCACUCCGUUGACUGGGUACCUAUCGAUACGGCUGCUUCCACUAUUGUGGAUAUAUUAAUGUCAUUGAACUAUUCGCGUGCCUCGAAUGCUACUAGCAGAGAAGGCGUGUCAUUGUCAUGCUACAACUUGGUAAACCCUCACAUCGCUGACUGGGGUGAUCUUAUCCCUGCUGUCCAAGAGUACUACAAAAGCUUUGGCAAUACCAAUACUAAUUUGGAAAUUGUCGAUCUUGGAGACUGGAUUCAAGAUUUGGAAAACAAAGGUGGCGCCUCUAGUCAGGUACACUCGUUACCCGCGAUCAAGUUACUGCAGCUUUUCAAAGACCUCGAUAAGCAUACAGAAGCUUCCCUUCGGUUCUCUCUAGAAAACACAUCUCGGUCUUCUGCAGUAUUCAAGAAGUUGGGGCAAAUCAGCAAGCAGGAUAUGGUAAAAUGGCUCGCGGCUUGGAAGUUCAUGGAUUGA